AUGUCCUCCAACAAUCGCUAUCCAGCCUUACCGAGUCGCAUGUCUCUUAUCGCCUUUAAAACUCGCCUGAAAGGUGCCCAAAAGGGACAUUCACUUCUUAAAAAGAAAGCCGAUGCGUUGGCCCUUCGCUAUCGUAAAACCAUGGGAGAAUUACGACAGGCCAAACUGGAGAUGGUGGAACAAAUCAAAGGAUCCUACUUUACCAUCACACAAGCGCAAUUUAUUGCCGGUGAUAUCUCUUUGGCCGUGCAGGAAUCUUUAAAACUCCCCACGUAUGCAAUGACACUGCAUGUGGAUAAUAUCGCCGGUGUUCGGGUGCCAAGUUUUCACGAACAACACGCAUUAUUGGAUGCGGAUGGGCCUGGAGGAGAAGGAUGGAGAGAAACGGGAAUGGCGGGAUUAGGCCGCGGUGGGGAACAAUUAAAAGAAGCCCGAUUUGCCUUUCGAGAAACAUUAAAGUUGUUAGUUCGCAUUGCCUCUUUACAGGUGAGUUGGGUCACAUUGGAUCUCGCCCAGAAAGUCACCAAUCGUCGUGUGAAUGCAUUAGAAAAAGUGGUGAUUCCACGUGUACAGAAUACAUUGAGUUAUAUUACCUCGGAAUUGGAUGAACAGGAGCGGGAGGAGUUCUUUCGAUUGAAAAUGGUGCAGAAGAAAAAGAAACAAUUACAAUUGAAAAAACAAAAUGAGGCGGAUGCGGCUGCGGCUGCAAAGAAUAUAGGGAAACAGACAACAACAACAACAACAACAAAUGUGAGGAGUGCUCUUACAAUGGUGAAUGAAGCACUAACGGAUGGUCUGGACGAGUCGGAUUUGGUUGUUUAA